AUGCCGAACGACGGCGAGGGAAGGUCGAACACACAGCGGCCUGCGGCUUCCAGGAACUUGGACCAAGCUCUUCGCCAUAACACCAGCACGCUUCCCACUGCGGCACGCUCCUCACAGGAUCCUCCGCCCGCGGGUGCUCAGUCAUCUCAAGAGCCCGAGUUCCAGCUGGGUGUAGAACUGGUGGGUGUAGACAAAUGCGCACCACCAGGGAUACAGAUCUGCCAAGCCUGUAACGCGAUCUUCGAGGGUCUCACGACAAGUGGAGAAGGCAGCGAAGCACACACAAGGUGGCAGACAACUCUACGCCGCAUCUGUGACAAAGCAAAGGAGGAUUCACAGAGGUCCGAUGUGUUGAAGCUGAGUGUCUUUGGGCUGAUGUCGGAUGAGAAUAUCGAGAAGUUUCUUCUUUCUACCGACCACAGAAGGUGGAAAAAAAUUGAAGAGCACACAGAACACUUUCUCAAACUCCUGGACGCGCCAGGGUUAGAAGCCCCCUCUCGAAGAGCCCCGCCGCCAGAUGCGGCUGAACGGGUUCAAGUCUUUGAACAUCACCAUCCUCAAUAUGAGUGGAGGUCCUUGAAGCCAGUGGUUAUGGAUCAAUCCAUCCGAGAGCCUGCAACGAACACACCUUUCGGGCACACUGGCUACAUGAAGUAUUUGACACUGCAAAUCAUCCGAAAGAUGGAGUUCAACGACAUUGCUAUCACUGGUCAAUACUACGGGGAGAAGUACACGCCAGAAACACAAGUGCUUGAAUGGAUCAAAUAUAAGGGGGAGAAAGACAAAAGAGACAAGUUCGUGAAAGAUCCCAGGCACACCAUGCGUGGCCUGGUGGCAAUGUUUGCACCGGGUGACCAUGACAGAAAAGCGGGCAUCCAUAGCAUCAAAAAGUUCAAGGUUCCGAAUGCUUUCCUUGAUCUAACCUUCAAAGCCAGUGUUCGCUUCAAGGAUACAAACUUCGUACAAUCUGUGAUCAAGGCUGUGGAAGAGCUGGACGAAAUCUAUUCUGAGUUUGGCUGGCGGUCAUGGCGUGAGGAUCACCACAUCAACAGCGAUUUUGCCUUUGGUGAGAUCUCUAUCAACCUGGUGGACCUAAUGGAGUAUUUGAAUCUCAGUGGCGAUGGGAGCAUGGAAAAGCAGAAGAUGGAGGAUGUGGAGAAGGCUUUCAAGGCAUGGAAAGGCAAUGAUGCAUUCAAGCGCCGUGUUGUGGCCAUCUUGGUAGAGGAGGGUCGAGGGGUGGCUGACUAUGAGGAUUACGGCACGUUGGUGCGUUGGAUUCGCGAGUUCUUUCCAGCUAAAGAGCAGUACCGAAUCCUGGUUCACGCCCAUGCCGGAACCAACAACCAUCAGGACGUGGCGAGCCUCAAAGCCGUGAAGCACGGUGCGAACGGGAUAUGGGCAGCUCUGAUCCCUCAGGCAGCCCAGGCGGGCCACAACUCCAGCCUCGUGUUCUUAGACUACCUCCUCCACCACGGCAAUGAGCACGUCCUGAACGACUUCCAUCUCUUCCAAGCGCUGGAAUGCGCACGUCACAUCUACUACCUGAACUUCAAUACACACGAUAUUCCCGACGACUGCCCAAUCUGGGGCGAGCGGGUCGGGCAAGAAACCCACAGUGCCUUCAACGUUCUGAAGGGCGAGACGUGGCGAAGAAAGAAAGACAAUUUCUACGAUUAUUGGGGAGAGGAUGAGAAGCUGGAGAUCAACAAGCUGCCAGACAAAUUACACGACCUCACAGAAGAAGGUGAAGGUGAGGACCGUGGAAAUUAUCGCACCUCAGAACGGCAGAUGGCGACAGGAGUCGGGUGCAACGAGAUCGUGAAGUACGUGGAUACGGUGAAAGCACUUGGGUUUGCAUUGAUGAACGCCGGCAUCCGUGUCAACAUGGACAGGAAAGACAACCUCGAAACGCUGCUCGAGAUCGCCAGAAAGGUCCAGGACGCGGACGAGACGCCCUGCAAUUGCUCAAAGUACUGGGAGGACCCCACCCACGAGCGCCACGAAAAGAUGCAGGGAGAACGUUGCACGUGCCGCGCUCCCAGCUACCUGAAGGCCGACCAACACCAGGGCAAGGGCCAGUAG